UUGGCCAUUUCUCUGAAAACUUCGAGUCACAAUAUUUCGAGAAUAAUGACACUGACAAUCACCAUUCUUUGCCUAAUCAUUAGGCUUUACAUAACAGACCAAUUCGAUUUUCGAUUCAAACUGGCCGUUCUCAGUGAACAUAAAAACUCAGUUUUCGUUCCUACAAACACGUCGUAUCUAAACUCUCGACUGGAAAGUUAA